CCUGGGUGCCAUUUCCUGUAGAUAUGCCCCUGUCCAGGUGGGAUCUGGUGAUCCCUGGAAUUGCAGCUCCUCUUCAGUCUACAGAGAUCAGUUCCCUUGGAGAGAAUGUAUGUGUUGGAAAGUUGUCUCUAUUGGACCCCCACUCCCCCAGGUCUCUGUCCUCCCCAGGCUCUGUCCUUAGAUCUCCAGGUGCUUCACAACCUGGUAACUACCGCCAACCCCUGCCAGUGGCCACCCUAGUGCAUAAUGAGUAUUAAUUAUAUGUCUUAGAAGCAGAGUGACCUAUCAUGGUGCAGUGGUUAGAGUACUGGUCUGGAAUCAGGGAGACCUGGGUUCAAAUCCCCACUCUGCCAGUGAGCCAGUCACAUAUUCCCAGCCUAACCUACCUCGCAAGCUGUUGUGAGGACAAAGAGGGAAACAAUGUAAGCUUUGUGUCACCAUUGGAAAGAAAGCUGGCUACCGAGUUUUCCUCUGAGGACAUUUUACUGAUCACGGCGUCCCCAGUUAUAAAAGCAGUAAUAAACUUCAGACAGGUGUCCAGAACCUUAGAAGAAUUUGAUGUCGAGGAACAAGCGAGCAGCGUUCUGGAGAGACGCUACCCUAACAUCCGAGUUGUUCAGUCUGGAGUAAAACAGUUGAAAAGCAAUGAGCACAAAAUAAUCACUGAAGACGGCAAGGAGUAUGCCUAUGAGAAACUUUGUCUGUGUGCUGGAGCCACGCCGAAAUUAAUUGUCGAAGGAAACCCUUUUGUGUUGGGAAUCCGGGAUACAGACAGUGCUGUGGAAUUCCAAAAGCACCUGGCAAAAGCCAAAAGAAUAAUGAUUGUCGGAAAUGGUGGCAUUGCAUUGGAAUUGGUCUAUGAAAUUGAAGGGUGCGAAGUGAUCUGGGCCAUCAAAGACAAAGCGAUUGGGAACACCUUCUUCGAUGCAGGAGCGGCAGAAUUCCUGAUUCCAAAGCUGUCCGCGGGAAAUCUGGAGCCUUCAAUUGCUUGCAAGAGGACAAAAUAUACGACGGCAGAAAGUGAGGAGGAAGAAAAAGCUGGAUCAAGUCCUAGGAAACUGGGCAGUGCUUUGGGUCCUGAUUGGCAUGAAGGGUUGUGUCUCAAGGGAGCAAAACAGCUGUCCCAUAAAGUUCACAUUGAAAGCCUGUGCGAAAUAAAGAAGGUCUACCUCCAAGCCGAGUUCCAGCAGUCACGGAAGGUAUCCUUGUCUUUCCCAAAAGCUCAACAGGAUGAGGGAAACACAGAAUCUGAUGAAGAACUGUGGCCAGUGUAUGCGGAACUAACCAAUGGGAAGGUGUACGGCUGUGACUUCAUUGUCAGCGCCACCGGAGUGGUUCCAAACGUCCAGCCGUUCCUCGAGGGCAAUAAUUUCGCUCUGGGCCAAGAUGGAGGUUUAAUGGUGGACAAAGACAUGCGUACUUCGCUCCCGGGUAUCUACGCAGCGGGGGACAUUUGCACGACCUCAUGGGAGCCCAGUCCAGUGUGGCAGCAGAUGAGACUCUGGAGCCAGGCUAGGCAGAUGGGAUGGUACGCCGCAAAAUGUAUGACUGCUGAUGCUUUAGGAGAACCCUCCGAAAUGGACUUCAGCUUCGAACUCUUCGCUCACGUUACAAAAUUUUUCAAUUACAAGGUGGUGCUGCUAGGAAAAUACAACGGUCAAGGGCUGGGAUUGGACCAUGAACUGAUGCUGAGAUGUACCAAAGGCCAAGAAUAUGUCAAAGUGGUGAUGCAGAAUGGACGAAUGAUGGGAGCCGUGCUGAUCGGCGAAACCGACCUGGAAGAAACUUUUGAGAACUUGAUUCUCAAUCAGAUGGAUCUGACACGCUACGGCGAAGAUCUCCUGGACCCAAACAUAGACAUAGAAGAUUACUUUGACUGAGCUUCUGAAAAUGUCACCGUCUUUGACUUUUUUCACGUCGGGCUGGAUUUUUAGAAAGGGGAUUCCCUUCCGUGGAGAACAGACAUACACACUGUGACCUCAGUUAUCUUGAAAUUGACGUGAGGAAUUGAUUAUCAGUUAUCUUGAAACUGACAGUUGACACUCAGGUGAUGACAGUCUUCUGCAUUUCACCUUGCCAGUGCAAUAAGGAUGGCCGUGGAGUGGGAGAAGGAAAGCUCAUAUGCUUUAUAGCAAAGACUUCAAGCAUGGACAUGUUAAUGUCAUUAAAAGUCACCCUUUA